CAUAAAAAAUUUGAAAAAUUGCUUUUAAGUCGUUUGCUACUAAAACGCCUACACAAAUUAAGACAGCAACAAUGUAAACUUGUUUCGUUGCGUUAACAUUUUUUACGUUUUUUUUAUUGAAAUUUAAAGACUACAUGCUCUUUUGGAUUUACAUCUGCCGCUGUACCAAUCUGUUUAUAAGCCUGAUAUUCUGUCUGCCAAUUACUAAUAUACAUAAUUUUGUUCAAAAUAACCAGUUUAAAAUUCAUUGAAGCGGUGCUUGUAGACCCAUAAUUACGUAGGCAUUUAAAAUGUUUUCAACCCUUAAACAAUAAAAAUAGAUCAAGUUAGACGCAUGUAACAGAUCCUGAGCAAAUCGAUACUCGAGUAUAGCCACUCGAGUGACUAUCUGGGACCUUCACGAUAAUAUUAAUUAGCGAUAUAAUCUGUUUCAUACAGCCUUUGUGGUAGCCAGCCGUUCGAGCGCCAAUCGCCAAUCAGCCCGGAGGCUACGUGUGCAUAAAUAGAUCGUAACCAUGGCAACGCCCCGUCCGCAAAAUAAACAUGCUUCAUUGAGCGUCUCCAUGACAAUGACUUUCAUUUCAUUACUGUCACCCGAAGCGACAGCACAAAAUGUUCUGGGGCAUCAGUCCUGCUCUUGAUUUGCAAGAAGAGUACCUAAAAUAUGGCGAUAAAAACGCCUACGAACUCAAUUUCCUCGUCAUCGGAGGCUGCGAUGGAAGACAUCUGCUCAAAACGUUGGCGCAAGCUUACCGGCACACUAGGCGCUACAUGAACCUGUUUGUCGUCGAUGGAUGUCCUGAGUUGGUCGCGAGGCAGCUUCUUCUCACUUCCUUGGCGUUGGAGAAGACGACACGAUGUGGGCUUUUGGAGAAAACUCGACGUUACUUAGAAAUCUACGGGAAUUUGCUGUUACGACCUUCUACAUCAAGGUACUUAAUUGCUAAAGCUCGUCAAUUAGUCGGCAUGGUUACUAAUCCUGACUAUAUGAAUUGCCUGCUACCAUGCGUCUCCAUUGAACAGAUGAAGUAUCGCGAACGUGAUUAUAUGGAGAACCUGAUCAAUUUCUGGACUACAGGUAACACUAAUCAGUUUAACGCAUGUGAGCUAUGGGAACAUCGUAUAAGACAUAGUCUUGGCGUGAGAUAUGACAGCAGAAUGGGAGUUUACGACUGGGACUAUCACAUGAGGAUGAAGGAAAUUGGAAGCCAGAUAUGCUAUCCAGAAUACAAACAUUUUCGAGAGCACGGCGUGGCCUUCACGUGGCUUGAAACUGAAGUUUGUCGACCAAAUGUGAGCUUCGCUGCUGGUGUUUAUAAGUGCGGUGAUAGAUAUCUCCACAGGGGCUAUUUGGGAGACAUAGUAACCUCCCCUUACAUUGGGUAUGGGCUCAACUGUGAGGAUUCGGAUAUGCUAAAGUCUACUCAUGGUGUCAACUAUAAACGUGCGACGGAUAUUGCAGAAAGAAACGUAAUGAGAAUGUUAUACGAAAUAGAAAAUCGUCAAGAAUUCGAUGUUGCUGCUUUGAACUUGGAAACAGAAAAGAAUUUAGGUAUGGUGGUAUUGGCUCAGAUAGAUGCUAAAAUAUCUGAGAGUGGCCCAGAAGCUCCUUUGCUCUUACGUGAAGAUCGAGAUACUUACAUCAAUGUGGAUUACGGGAAGGUGCAUUUUUUGUCUCUGUCUGCGUUAGAACAUUACCCACACAAACCGCAGUUCCAGGGGCUGUUCCAUGGGGUAUUUGUGGGUCACAAUAUGUUGCCUCGAGUGAAGCCGAGCGUGUGGUCGAUGGCGCGCGAUGACGCGGUGGUGCUGAUGGAGUCGAGGAAGUUCAUGGUGGAGCAGAAGAGAGAUGACGUGAAGGCUUACGGCGAGCAAAUCACACAAGCCGCUACAGCUGCCCAGUGUGAGAGAAUCGCUACGUUCGAUGCAGAAAAAGAUGACUUUGCCAGAUUUUUGAUCAAACGAAGAAGUGAGAGUACUGAUACGAAUAUUUCGUUUUAGAUUUUGCUAGUAUAGUAGUUUGAUAGUGUAUUUUAUUUCAUUAUUCUUCUAGUAAAGCAGGUGAUAUUCAGGAACUUGUUUUUGAGUACCAACUGAUGUCUAAUGUUAUUCAAAGGUGUAUUAAAUAAAACUGAA